CAACAGAAAACAUUUUGAAAGGAAAAAAUAUCGUCCAAAGAUGAAAACUUCGAACUUUAAGCUGAAGACAACAUUCACAGCAAAAAAUGCCGAAAGAGAGAGAAGUCGUGUGAAGUGUUUACGGCAGGCCUUCCAACGGCUUCAGCUCUGUCUGCCAUCAGUGCCUCCAAACACCAAACUUUCCAAACUAGAUGUACUUAUUUUGGCCACAAAUUACAUCUCAUAUCUCACUAAAUUGGUGACCACUCAAGACUCGGGUCUCAACGCAGACAUUGCAUUCAAAUGUGAUCUCAAAUUUUUACAUCCAAUCAAAAAGUGGCCGAUGAGGUCUCGACUCUAUUCAAUGCCCGACUCUAUGGACACAAACGUUGAUAUAAACUGUGCAUUGUCUGAGACAUCGAUUUGUGUGCAACACGUGUUACCACAUCCCAAGACAUUGGAUCCGAUGGCAGCGGCACCGAAGGAAACCGUGAAGACUAUGGCAAUGACUAUACACUCGGCGUCAGGAUUUCGGACAGAUAUGGAGACACUAUUGGCUAAGUUUGAGUCGAAGAACUCAACCAAAUUCAUUGUCUUCAGUCAAUGCUUCCGAGACAUGAGUUUCAGUCUUAUCUUCCGUGGUCGACACAACGACAACGAAAUGCACGAAUUCAUUGACGAGAUUUUUCUGGAAGUGUUGUCACAAUUGGUUAAUCGCGAGCGACCGCUGUGUCAGCGAAUCGGUUCCCUAUAUCUGUUGUACGCCCUAUACGUGAAGCAACCGUUGGAUCAAACGCUCAAAACUCGAUUCGACAUUAAAGUGAGGAUCACUUUGGAUCAGUUGAAGAUCAUUCGCGAGUUCGUCGCCAAAUGCAAAGCCAAUCGUAUUCUGGAUGUGGUCUACGUUUGGUAUAAACUGCUGACAACUGGUGUCCACUUUGUCUUCUUUCGAUACCAAUGCAGCGGUCCGUCGAAUACGCGUUCAAACAAUCAUCACUUCCAAGGCUUCAAGUCUUCCACCGAUAAGGCUAUCAAUGAUCUCAAGAAAUCACUCGAAAGUCGUUUCAAACCCAUUGAGGAAAAUCACAAUCUCUUCGUUGAGUAUAAAGAGAAAGCGUUUAACGGAUCCGAACAUCCGAUUGAAGACAAGCCUAAUAUCAUUAACCAUGACUUGUGGAAGGAUUCGAUGGCAAAUCUGGACAAAUUGGUCCACGACUUCAAGAUCAGUGGCCGCGACACUAAGACUAGGGGUCGGCCAUCCAUUUGGGCCGCAGUUAGACAGGAAGGCGAAGACUCGGCCAAUAAUGUGGACCAAAAUGAUCUCAAAGCGAGCGUCAAGAGGAAGGCUAUCAAAGCCAGGGAUAAGGCGGAGAACGAUAACAGCAUUUUGUGGACCGAAGAUAUCAUUGGAUCGCUUAAGAGAGGAAAAGAACGCAAUAAUCGGCUCAAGACAUGCAAAGAGGAAAUCACUGACGACAUUGAGGACAGUGAGGACACGCGCGGCACCAAAAAGAAGUCCAAACGCGGGACCAGACGUUCCGCUCGAAAGCCAAUCAAAGCCAACAAAUAA